UAUGACCGUCCCACCUAGUGCUGCCCGGAGGACCAUGUGAUCCAGACAACAGUGUGAAGUGUUAUGUUUAAUAAGUAGACGUCCGUAAUAUAUCAUAAUUUUCUAACAACAAGAUGGAGGAACAAAAUGUGCCGCCAAGUCACAGUGAAGGAAGCCCCUUUGAAAAAUCAGUUAAAAAAAGAAAACCCGGGAUAGUCUACCUGUCUACCAUUCCCCCAAACAUGAACGUGACGAAGAUUAGAGAAUAUUUUGGCAAAUUUGGCGAGCUGGACCGUGUAUUCCUUCAAGCUGCAGAGAACGAUAGAUUAAAAGGAAACAAAGGCAAAGUAAAGAAGUUUAAGAAGAGACUACACUUCACAGAAGGCUGGAUAGAGUUUAAAAGUAAAAGAAAAGCUAAGCAGAUGCAUCUUUAUCUUAAUAACCAACCUGUGGGUGGAAAGAAAAGUAAUUCAUAUUACGACAUGCUGUGGAACAUCAAAUAUCUUCCUAGGUUUAAGUGGGCCUACCUCAAACAGCGGUUGGAGUAUGAGCGUGAAGUGUAUCGUCAGAGAAUGGGUGCAGAGAUCUCCCAGGUGCGACGUGAAACUGAUCACUUCAUCAAAGCAUCUGAAAUCAGUGAGAAGAAAAAGAAGAAAGAAGCAAAAGCAAAGAAGCAGAAGGAAAACAUUGGAAACAAGCAAGAUGAUGACAUAAAGAGCCAAAACACAGGUACCACAGGAAGUGGAAAUAUGUUUGUUUUUAAACAAAAGGAAACUGAAGAUGUAAUGAUAAGCAAGAAAGAGGAAAGGAAGAAAAAGAAUGACAAAUUUAAGACUAUGAUUGCCGAAAAAAAGAAAAAGAGACGAGAAAUGAAGAACAAGAAAAGAGAAAUGAUGAAGAAACCAGAGGAAGACUUCUUAAGUUCAGUGUUUGUAGGAUCUACCAAGUAAAUGUGACUAAAAAAAAUUAUUGUCUUUCUUUCCUAGAAUUAAUAAUUUUGAAUUUUGCUUUUCUGUUCUUGAAGCAUUGAUCUGUAUCUUAAACAGAUUCUUCAAAUGCUAUAAUGAAAUGCACUCUACCA